AUGGAUCUCAACAUAAACAUUGUUCUAAUAGCUUUUUUCGGAAUGCUGGCAUCCCAUGCCACGGCCGAAGUCUUCGAUGUGACAAAAAAUGGUGCAGCACCCGGUAGUCCCGAUAAUGCUGAGGCUUUGUUAAAAACUUGGAAAGCCGCUUGUGCAUCACCAACCGCAAGUAAAGUGGUGGUACCGAAAGGGGUAUUCAAAGUAUCGGCAGCACCGCUAGUGGGACCUUGCAAGGCUCCAAUUGAGUUCAAUUUGGAAGGCACAUUGCAAGCCCCACAAGUAGGAGGACCUGGUUACAAAUCCGGUGACACUUGGGUGAAUUUUGACAACGUUGAUUUCCUCACCGUUUCUGGUAAAGGAAUAUUCGACGGUCAAGGCCAAUCGACUUGGGGUAAAAAGUGUGACGCUCAAGAGUAUUGCGGCAACGUUCCCAUGAAUUUGAGGUUCAACUUCGUGAAAAACUCAAUAGUCCAAGAUGUGACAACGAAAGAUAGCAAGCAGUUCCACGUCAAUGUUCUGGGCUGCAACAACCUUACCUUCCAAAACUUCCAUGUGAUUGCACCCAAGGAAAGCCUCAACACCGACGGAAUCCAUGUUGGCAGGUCGAGCGGCAUUAAGAUCAUUGACACCAUAAUCGAAACUGGCGACGAUUGCAUCUCCAUUGGGGACGGCACCAAGAACAUUACAAUUACAAAGGUUACGUGCGGACCAGGCCACGGCAUCAGCGUCGGCAGCCUGGGAAAGUAUCCAAAUGAAGAGCCCGUAGUAGGGGUCUUCGUGACCAACUGCACGAUGAAGAACACCAUGAACGGUGUCCGUAUCAAGACCUGGCCCGACUCUAAACCCGGAUCAGCCACAGAUAUGCACUUCGAGGACAUAAUCAUGGAGAACGUGGGCAACCCCGUGUUGAUUGAUCAAGAAUACUGCCCCGCUGCCAAUUGCAAGAACCCGGGCCCAUCAAAAGUUAAGAUCAGUAACGUAUCCUUCAAGAAAAUUAGGGGAACCUCGUCUACACCCCUUGGCUGGAAGCUGCUGUGCAGCCUCAAAUUACCAUGCGAGAACGUCGUCGUUUCGGACAUUGAUUUGAAGUACACCGGAAGUGAAGGCCCAAUCCAAUCUGAGUGUAAGAAUGUUAACCCUACCGCGGAAGGGACUCUAAACCCGAAGCCCUGCAGUACUCCCCUCUCGAGUUAAUUAAUUAGAUAUUGCUCUAUUUGUGUCUAAGAGUAUGCAUGAGUAGGAGGAUAAUGAGUUUAUUAUUAUACAUAAUUAAUUUAUUGUUGUCAUAUUGAUUAUACAAAUAAAAUUAAUAAUGAGAGAGACAGAGGGGGCAAAGAAUAAAGAGAGAGAGCCUAUUCAAGGCUGAUGUAUUUUUGUUAUUUUCUAGAGUUAUUUUUGUUUUAUAUAUUUAUUU